AUGUUUUCUGCCGACCUCUCCUGGACAGAUCCAGGCACGGAGAGAGUGGGGGAACGACGAGAGAGACUCGCUAAGGAGCAUGAGCAUCAACGGUCGAUAUCGUCGGCCUCCGGCGAAGGUUCCAUCAAGAGUUCCAGAAGCUCCAAAUCCAAGAGUUCUAAGAGCUCUGCGCCCGUCGAUAAAGAUCAAUGGUGGCCGACCGGCUUCAGAAAAUCAAAGAGCAUCAAAUCCUCGAAGAAGAACAAUCUGUUAGAUGUUCGGCCGAUUUCAAGUCGCGACUCGGGACAAUCGAUGCGCUUGCUUCCAAGUCGUGACUCAGGACAAUCUCACCGACUGUCGACUCCCAUACCGGCAACGGCAACGAUCGACCAUAACCUGGGGAAAGAUGCUAGAGAUGUCGCGCGCAAACCCAAAUACACGCUAUCUUUGUCGCCUACUCUUCCGUCUGGAGCACCGCUGGAUCCCUUUGAAUGUGACGUGCCGGAACUGGAAGGAGACCUCUCUUCGCAACGAACCAAUUCGAGUGGUUCACGCAGCUCACGUAGGUUCACAAGGCAUGAAGAUGAAGCUGACCGGAUGAUGCUGAAGUCGCCGCCAGAUGAGCGCCAGUUGAAAUACCCGGGGAAGAUCAAGAUUAUCGAUCAUCUUUCCGAACACCAGCAACUUAGCCCUAGUUCGUAUGUUGCGCGGACGAUCAUGAGUAAAUCAGAAAUCAUUGAUCCGUCCGCCGAAAUAUGCAACCCAGUAUCGAAAACAGUACUGAGGCGGCCGUACUCGGUCAAAAUCGAAGGAUGUCCCAGCUUGGACGAGUUGAAGAUCGAAGAACAGCCCGAGACGCGGAUAUCACCAAAGACUGACAAGCACCCAUCGUACGCUAGCGGUCUUCAAGAAGGUGACCUGGUGGCCUGGCGACCGCCUUCCGAUUGGAACAUACUGCUCCCCAACCCUUCCGAAUCGACCCUCGAGAAAGGCGUUCGACCAGAUCACUCUACAGCAGCCUCAGACGUCCACACUAGCUCCGUGGAGCUCACCCGUUUCCAGCGAUUCAUCCGGCGAAUGGAGAGCGCAGGCCCGAAAGUGAUACUUGAUCGAAUGAAAGAGGAGUGGAACAACCCCGUUGACGAUGAAGCUGGCCAGGAGAUGAUGUUAGAAAAGCAACUAUGGGUGUUGACAGCAUUUCAACUCCAGAAUCUCGGGAGAUACAGCAGAUUUCCCAAGGCAAACACAGGGAACAUCCUGGAGCUUUAUGGUAACCUCUCUGAGGUAUACCAACUUUCCGCCAUGCAUCCACGACAAAGGGUACAUUAUCUCACCAACCAAGCUUAUCACCAGGAAACCAUGACCCUCCCGAACAACGUCAAUUGCCUUACUGUGCCCGAAGCAGCAACCCUUCCGUUACCUUACGCCGACUCCACGUUCUCCCACAUCCGAGCAUCAACAUUACCUUCCCUGGUGCCGUCCGCUACGCUACCCAAAAUAUUCCAGGAAUGCUACAGAGUGCUUGCCCCCGGCGGCAUGUUAGAAAUCAGGAUCAUGGACGCGGCGCCCCUCCGCAAGACCUCCGGACCCAAGAUGAAGGCAUGGAUAGAAGACAGACUCUCCCUAAAUCUAGAAAGAUUAUUCCGCUGCUCCAAGCCCUGCACCCUUGUACCAGGCUGGAUAGCUGAUGCGGGCUUCCAACUACCGGCGAUUAACCCUACGCAAGGCGAGCAGAGCAUGCGCAUGCCGUGCGCAUAUGAUGCAGGUUCCAAUGACAUCGACGCGGAACUAUCUUGCCUGGUCGGUCGGGCACUGUGGAAAGACAUCUGGGGACAGUUCGUCGACGAUGAACCUGGAGAGUCUCGCUGGUGGUGGGAAGACGAGGAAGUGAUGAAAGAAUGCUUGGAACGGGGCACGGUCCUCGACUGCGGUGCCAUCUUCGCUUUCAAGAACUGA